AUGAAUGGCACGUAUGCCCUCAUCUUAGGACAGGUGGCUCUGAAGCUUUUGACGUUUGGCUUGAACCAAGCUCUUAUCAGCAGUGUUGAUCCACCAACACUAGGUCUUGCAACAUUCCUUGAAUUUAUCACUAACCUGAUCCUUUUUUUCUCGAGGGAGGCCGUUCGACUCUCUACGCAAAGAACAAGCUCAAGCGGAGUCUCAGCAGAGCAGUCGGUGAUUAAUUUUGGAUAUGUGCCAGUGAUAUUAAGCAUACCGUUAUCUUGUUUGGCACUAUUAUGGAAUUGGCCGUCACGAACAUUUCAAGAGGAGUUUUUACCAUUACCGGCGCUGACCCUAUCCUUGGUUAUAUUGGCGGUGUCAUUGGCUUUGGAACUUUCCAUCGAACCGCUAUAUGAACUCAAUCAAUAUCAUAUGAACUUGGGUAACAAGGCCCAGUUCGAAAGUUUGGGAAUUUUAUGCCGCGGAGUGGUGACGGUACUUUUAUUGAAAUGGAAACCAUUGAACAGCUCUCUUCUUGCAUUUAUGUGCGGCCAACUUGCUUAUUCAUUUGUUCAAUUUAUUGGAUAUCUCAAGGUAAAUGUGCCUCCUGGAGUAAGCGGUCUAGCUCGAAGACUCCCCAAUGGUGGAUGGCUUGAUAAACAAAUUGUUCAAGUUUGGAAAGCUCUCUUCGUGCAGAUGAUAUUCAAGCAAGUGUUAACAGAAGGUGACAAGUUAGUCAUCAACCACUUUUUCCCAUUGUCAACACAAGCAGUGUAUGCGGUCAUGCUGAAUUACGGUCUGAUUCUUGCCAGGUUAGUAUUUCUGCCAAUUGAAGAGUCUUCCCGCGUUUGGUUUACAAAGGUAAUGGCCAUGACGUCAGAUAAGUCUGACCAGCGUCGAGUGAUUUCGGCUUUGAAGUCAAUCGAGGACGUAUGCGUUGGAUACCUUCAUUUCACCGUGCUUUUAUUGAUGGCAGGAAUUCCAAAUGCAGCUUACGUUUUACGACUUGUACUUAGAGGCGCAGCUGCCAAAUGGGAUGGUACCGAUCUUUUUACUAGUUUCGGGAACUACGUUUGGUAUCUUGCGUUACUCGCAUUCAACGGUAUAUUUGAGGCCCUCUUCACUAGUGUUGCGACCACCAAGGAACUUAAAUACUAUUCCUAUUUCAUGACCAGUCUGUGUUUAGUGUUUUUCCUUGUCCUGAAACUCGCUAUCGAACAUUGGCAUUUGGAACUCUCCGGAUUAAUACUUGCUAAUGCUGUUAACAUGUUGAUGAGAAUAAUCUGGUGCAGCUACCAUCUACACAAUACUUUUGUGCGCCGUUUUGGCAUCCACAUUGACAAAAUUCGAGUACUCGCAUAUAUCGCCAAGUGUGCGUUGCUCUUUAUUGUUGGCAACGGCGUUCAAAAGUACAUAAACGGUACGACGACAACGACUACUUUUCGCCAAUUUUUUAAUAGUGGGGUGAUAUGUGGUAUUUCGUUACUCGUUCAGAUUUCUUGGGAGUAUCCCCGAAUUCGCUCUUAUGUAAAGCGUAAAAAGGAAUGA